UUUGGAGUUGUGAAAUAGACCGGCAGGGCUGCGUCUGUCUUCUCUGUAUUCCUCUCUCUUGCUGCAGAUCAUUCUUCUCUGAGAUCCAGAUCUUUGGGACUGCAAAUCACCUCUUCUUCUUCUGGAUUGUUCCCGAACCUCUCUCACGACAAGUCGCUCACGAUGGGAGGAGGUCUUAAUCUUAAUAUCGACUGGGCACAGCAUCGAUGGGCUAUCUUCUACUGUUUGGUAGCCACCAUUGGUGCGCUCUGCUAUGGUUAUGAUACAAUCUACUACACAGGAAUCCAGGGCAUGAAAUACUUUGCCCGCGACUACGGCACUCUCGACGCAGACGGCACCUAUUCCCUCGGCACGACCUUCCUCUCCGUCUCAGCAUCCAUCAUCUACGUAGGCGAAUUCGUAGGAGCCCUAAUCGCCGCACCCAUCAACGACAAAUUCGGCCGCAAAGCCGUCUUCGCCUCGGCAGCAAUUAGCAUCAUCAUCGGAGCCAUUGUGCAAGUCUGCGCAUACAGCAUCGAAGGAGUUUUCUACGUGGGGAGAAUCUUCGUCGGUCUCGGAGUUGGGCAGUUCACAGCGACUUGUCUCGUUUAUGUGGCAGAUGUGGCUCCUUCACCCAUUCGUGGACCGGCUUUGAUGAUGUUUCAGUUUAUGCAAUCGAUUGCACAGUUUGUGGGAGCGUGUGUGAAUCAAGGAACGGAAACGAUUGAUGGGAAAGCUCAAUAUCAACUUCCUAUGGGUUUGCUCACGGCUUUGCCCUUGACGAUGCUGGUGCUGCUUAUUUUUACUCCGGAAUCCCCUGUCUGGUUCAUGUCGAAGGAUCGACGGGAUGAUGCGAGAAAGGCUUUGAUUAAAAUCAAUCGCAGCACCACGGCUUAUGAUCCUGAGACGGAUUUGAAAAUUAUUGAUGAUCAGAUUGCUCUGGAUCGAGAAUUGGCUGCGGGGAGUAGCUGGAUUUCGUUGAUUACUGAUCCUAUUGAGCGUCGAAAACUCAUCUAUGCAUGCGGAGUCAUGUUUGCACAGCAGAUCAACGGCAUCCAAUUCUGGUACACCUACGGCGUCGUCUUCGCGCAAUCCAUCGGCGUAGGCGAACCCUUCACCAUCAACACCAUCAUCUACGUCGUCCAAAUCCUCACCGUCGGCUGCUCCGUAAUCUUCGGCAACAAAGUCAACCGCCGCACCAACCUCCUCGUCUGCACCACCGGAAUGUUCAUCUCACUCAUCGCCGUCGGCGGUCUCGGCGUGACAAAAGAUUCUGAAGGAAAUUUCUCCCGAGGAAUCGGCAUCGGAAUUGUGGUAUUCGCAUACUUCAAUAUCGUGUUUUACAACUUCUCCAUUGGAACACUGUCGUAUACGAUUGCGUCGGAAAUGGCUGUGGGGAGGAAUCGGAAUAAAAUUACUUCGUGCGCGUUGGGGACGUUCUUUUUUACGGUGUGGUUGAUGGUGUUUACGAGUCCGUAUUUGUAUUAUGAUGCGGAAUUGGGGCCCAUGGUCGGGUUUGUGUAUGCGGGUACGACGUUGAUUACGCUUGCGUAUUCGUGGUUUUGUGUGGGAGAGACGACGGGGAGGACGAAUGCGGAGUUGGAGAGAUUUUUUAUCGAAGGCAUUCCGGUGAGGAAGUGGAAGACGCAUGUUUUUGAGCCGCUGCCUUCGACGGAGCAGCGUGGGGAGGAGGAUUUGGAGGAUGAUGAGGUUGCGUUGGAGAAGGAUCGGAAAAUGGGUGUGGCCGCGCAGGUGGAAGAGAAGGUUUGAUUUUUUUUUCUCUUCCUCUCUUCCUCUCUUUUGAUGAUGGAUGGAUAGAUUGAUGAAAGGGAAUGAAAUGGAUCAUGAAUAUCAUGGAUAGAUGUAUAGACGAUCUAUAUAUGCACAUAUAUUCCAAAAAGAAAGUGAGCAACAACCACUCACUCUCCACUUGUGCUUUAAUGGCAGUUAUAAAUCCCCUACCAGAGAAGAAACAUCAUCCUCUUCCCCCUAAAUUCCAUUCCAUUCCAAAAAGAAGAAGAAAA